CUUUGUUACUAUGAAAUGGCCAGAGAUAAAAUAGCCAUCUUCUGUUCUAACAAAAGGAUUAUUUGCCCACCUGUUCUUAAGUUCGACAUGUUGGGCCUCGAACUGGCAUCGCAGCGCGAGAGUGCCAGGCGCCCCCCUGCGGCGAUAACCCGUCACGGCAGUUUACAUCCGCUGGGGUCACGGAGGAGCAUCCUUACUGGCGUGGUCGGCCCUGAGAAGAUGCCCGAAAGGAAGGCCACCGGCUCGACGGAGGCGGCGAAGGGGCCCGAGGAGGAGCGCGGGACGUGGGGGAACCAGUGCGAGUUCUUCCUGUCGUGCCUGGGCUACGCCGUCGGCUUCGGCAACGUGUGGAGGUUCCCUUACCUCUGCUACAAGAACGGCGGCGCCGCCUUCCUCAUUCCGUACACAAUCAUGCUGCUGUUCUCUGGCCUCCCGAUCUUCUUCAUGGAGCUCGCCCUCGGUCAGUACGUCAGCCUCGGUCCGGCUCUGCUCUUCCCCAAACUGGCUCCUGUGUUCUCGGACUGCUUCACCGACGCCGAGGCCGAGAGGUGCAAGAAUUCCUCCCUCGUCUACUACAACCGGACCUGCCUCAGCGUCGGGGACUACUGCGGUCUGGCCGGCUUGGGGGGCCUCAACGAGACCCACUGCCACGACCCCGCCAACGGGUCGGCUUGGGUCAGACCCGUCGAGACCGUCCUCGCGAGGAUCUCAGCCAGCGAGGAUUAUUUCAAGAACCGCAUGCUGGGCGUCACGGGGCGCUCCUGGGACGACAUGGGCGGCCUCAGAUGGGAGCUGGUGGGCUGCCUGGCGCUGGCGUGGGUGAUCGUGGGCGCGUGCCUGGCCAAGGGCGUGAAGAGCUCCGGGAAGGUCGUCUACUUCACCGCCCUCUUCCCCUACGUCAUCCUCGCCGUCCUCUUCGUCAGGGGCAUCACCCUCGACGGAGCGAUGAAGGGGAUCGAGUUCUACUUCCUGCAGCCGGACUUCUCUCGCCUGAUGGAGGUGGAGGUGUGGAGCGACGCCGCCAUUCAGAUCUUCUAUUCCCUUGGCGUCUCCUUCGGCUGCCUCAUCACGCUCUCCUCCUACAACAAGUUCAACAAUAACUGCAUGAGAGACGCCAUCAUCAUCGCCUUCGCCAACUGCUCGACCUCCGUCUUCUCCGGUUUCGUCAUCUUCAGCAUCCUGGGCUUCCUGGCGCAGGAGCUCGGCGUGGAGGUGAAGGAUGUGGCUUCCUCGGGCUCUGGUCUGGCCUUCAUCGUGUAUCCUGCGGCAGUGUCCCUCCUGCCCCUUCCGCAGCUGUGGUCCGUCCUCUUCUUCGUCAUGCUCAUCAACAUUGGCUUGGCGUCGCAGCUGACGAUGGUUGAGACCGUGACGACUACCCUGUUCGACUGCAUGCCCGCCCUCAGGAACCGCAAGCCCCUCGUCGUCGCCUGCGUGUGCUUCGUGAUCUUCCUGCUGGGGCUCUCGAUGUGCCUCGAGGGCGGGAUCCUCAUGUUCGAGCUCUUCUUCUGGUACUCCGCCGGGAUCUCCGUCAUCAUCCUGGCCAUCGCGCAGGUCGUCGCCGUCGUGUGGGUUUACGGUUUCCGAAGAUUCCUGAGUAACAUCAAGGAAAUGGGCGUGUACAUCCCCGCCCCUCUGAAGGCCUACUGGCUGGCCACUUGGGUCUUCAUAACGCCCGCUAUGCUCGUGCUGAUCUGCUUCUUCUACAUCUACUUCUUCGUGCCGGCGUACUGGGGCGACUACGUGUUCCCGACCAACAUCCAGAUCCUGGGCUGGCUCCUCUCCGCCUCCUCCAUGGGCCUCAUCCCACUCGGAGCCCUCGGAGCCCUCUGCAAGACCAAGACCUUCAGGGAACUCUUCCAGACCUCGCCUGACCUGUGUCCUGCGCACGUAAGGUCACAGAGGGCGGCGCAGGAGGGAGGGCCUGCGGCUAGCUUCGAGUAUGACAACGCGGCGUUUGAAGGGACGCAGAAUAAGGUGUAUCCUGAACUUCCACCAUCAGAGUGACGCGAGAUGAACUGAAGAUUACAGAAUCUCAGAAAAUAAACGAACCUGCAGAGGUAUGCCACUGAUCGCUCUAAUAGACACGAAUUCAUGUCUUCGAAUACGGAAAGAAGAUGAAGCCAAAUUAAUAAUUCAAUAAAGUGAGCUUAAAAUAGA